CUGUCGAAAAUCUCGUGAGCCUCCGUUCUGAUUAGAAACUGUUUUCAGGGUCAGCGGCAAGAUGAUCAUAAGUGUAUGGUGCAGAGCAGAAAGGAGACUCUGAACGUCUGUAGCUUUCAAAGUUUUGAGGUUAUAACGAGGCGUUUGAUAGAGAACGGAAGGCUAGUGAGAGUGAGAGAGUGAGAUAGAGUGCUUGAGGCCUUGUGCCGAUAUCCUUGUGACGGGACUAGGGGUCUUUUUAGCUUCGGGUGCGAACAUUUGACGAAAGUGUGGAGGACGAUUAUGGGAACGAGAAGACAACCCAAAGAGUGAAUUUCACGUUGAAAAUAUGUUGGCUCCAAAUAUCCUAAAAGCAAUGCGGGAACACGGGAUGGCCGAUACGGCCGUCUGACGAAUAUCUGUCUACGGGAUGAUAUUUGCUGAUCCUCACGGGUGAAACAUGGUGAAGGAGAAGCCAAAUUCGAUCCGUAUUUACGAUUCGGAGGGAUAUAGACGCAGGGCCGCGUGUAUCUGCGUCAAAAACGACCUCGAGGAUGAGGUUCUCUUGGUAACAUCCAGCCGAAGACCAGAUAACUGGAUUGUACCAGGGGGUGGUGUGGAACCUGAGGAGGAACCUGCAGUCACUGCACUGCGGGAAGUUAGGGAAGAGGCUGGAGUGUUGGGGCAGCUGGGUCGGUGUCUUGGCAUAUUCGAGAAUGUGGAACACAAGCAUAGAACACAGGUCUGGGUAAUGCGUGUAACAGAGGAGCUGCCAGAAUGGGAAGAUUCACGCGCUAUUGGUCGGAAGCGGAAGUGGUUCUCGAUACCCGAGGCACUACUUCAGCUCGCUCAGCACAAGCCCGUCCAGCGCUCUUACCUGCACAGUCUCUAUAAUACCAACCCCUAUCGCAACAACCCCAACGCAUCUCCGACACAUCAUACGCACGCUACAGCCGCCCCCAUACAACUGACGAAUAACUCUGGUACCAAUCCCCAUAUUAAUAAGCAUAGCUAAUACCGAGUAAAAAGUCUGUCAAUGUGAGUAUACCCACCCAGGUCAGACUUGUCACUUCUAUUCAUUUAUACUUUUCCUUAUCCUUUUCCACUCCAUCCUAAUAUCCUCCUCCUUAUUCAGCUCCUAAACCUUAUCCCUUGCAGGGAUUACAAUAAUUACUAUCACUGUAUUUUAUACAUUAAACUAUAUUAAUUAUACUAUUACUAUUAUUAUUAAUAUAGAUUGCUAAUAAACUGGUCCACAAUGGA